GGCCGGCAUGGAGCUCGCGGAGGCGCUGCAGGCACCGGCGAGCGACAGAGCGGCGGCCGUGGCAGCCCCGAUUCCCUUCAGCCGCCGCUCCCUGCUCCGCGUCCCCGGCCCCUAGACGCCUCUUCCCCACGCAUGUCCCUCUCCCUAUGGAUUCAUUUCAGACUGAACAGAUGCUGAGCUUGCCCGCCGAGCUCUGCAGCAACAACUUAGAGCUGGCGGAGCCGGCGGCAUCACUGGCCCGCGGAGACACGGGCCCCCACCCAGAGGCGGCUACAGAAGGCCCCGCACCUCUACCGACUCGGCCGCCGCCGCAGGAGCGGCCUCCGAGGGCCUCGACGCCGGAGUGCAAAGUCCUGCUCACGCAGGCCGACGCCCUGGCGUCUGGGGGGCGCCUCCGGGAAGCCCUCGAGGUGUACCGACAGCUCUCGGAGCGGCAGCAGCUGGUGGCCGAGCAGCUGGAGCAGCUGGUGCGCUGCCUGGCCGAGAAAGUCCCUCAAGGCGAGGAGCCGGCGCCGCAGACCCCGGACGGGAGCCGCGGGGCGAGCUGCGCGCUGGCGGCGGAAGAGGCAGGGGCGGCGACGGCCGCCGAGGCCACCGAGGUGUGGGACGGCUUCAAGUGCCGGAAGUGCCAUGGAUUUCUCUCAGACCCCGUGUCCUUGUCCUGCGGACACACCUUUUGUAAACUGUGCCUGGAACGCGGGCGGGCAGCCGACCGGCGCUGUGCGUUGUGCGGGGUCAAACUCUCCGCUUUGAUGGUGGCCACCGGGCGGGCGCGCGGGGCCCGGCGGGCUGGGCAGCAGGCGCCGCCGCCGCUGCGGGUCAACGUGGUGCUCAGCGGCCUCCUCGGCAAGUUGUUCCCGGGCCCGGCAAGGGCGUCGCAACUCCGGCACGAGGGCAACCGGCUGUAUCGCGAGCGCCAGGUGGAGGCGGCGCUGCUCAAGUACAACGAGGCAGUUAGGCUGGCUCCAAAUGACCACUUGCUUUACAGCAACCGGUCUCAAAUUUAUUUCACCUUGGAGUCUCAUGAGGAUGCACUGCAUGAUGCAGAAAUAGCAUGUAAGCUCCGCCCCAUGGGGUUUAAGGCACACUUCAGAAAAGCGCAAGCCUUAGCCACCCUAGGCAAGGUGGAGGAAGCACUAAGGGAGUUUCUAUAUUGUGUGUCCCUCGAUGGAAAGAACAAAAGAGCAAGAGCUGAAGCCCAAAGGCUUCUCCUUAGUUUCUUUUCACCAUCAUUCCCGGGGGCUUCUCAGGAACAUUCUCCCGAUAUCCUGAAGCUGUUGGCACCUCACCCUAGAUUAAAGGAACACGUAGAGUCAUUGGCUACUGAAGGCACCAGCCAUAAUCUACCAAAGUUGUCACAGGAAACGCUGGAGCGCCCACAUUGUUCUAGUCAGGAGGCGGCAGCAGCCAGGGGGCACAGAGGCAGCCCGAUGAACCUCGUGCCGGUGAAAGGGGACAGGCGGCAAGACGGCCCGGAGGACCAGGACGGAGCGGAGGAGGAGGACGGGGCCGCUGCCUCUCCCCAGGCUGCCUCCAGCAAGACUGGCAAAUGCCAGGAGAAGAAAAGGAAGCGCUGCCAAAUCGAACCCCAAGACCCAGAGGUGCCUAGGAAAGCGUCUAAGCCAGACCCUCCCGCUGCUCCGGGGGCCAAACCUGCUCUCAGUGCUCCGCUCGCAUCUUUCGACGCCUCUGACCUUGAGUGCUCCCUCUGUAUGAGAUUAUUCUAUGAGCCAGUCACAACACCUUGUGGACACACCUUUUGCUUAAAAUGCCUUGAAAGAUGCCUAGAUCACAAUGCGAAGUGUCCACUGUGCAAAGAUGGUCUUUCACAGUGCUUGGCAUCAAGAAAAUACAGUAAAAAUGUCAUAAUGGAAGAGCUAAUAGCUAAAUUCCUUCCAGAAGAACUCAAGGAACGAAGGAGGCUUUAUGAAGAGGAAAUGGAAGAACUUUCUAACUUAAAUAAGAACGUGCCUAUUUUCGUGUGUACCAUGGCAUAUCCCACGGUUCCUUGUCCCCUGCACAUCUUUGAGCCUUGUUACCGUCUGAUGAUUCGUAGAUGCAUUGAGACAGGCACACGACAGUUUGGCAUGUGCCUUGGAGAUCCUGUCAAAAGGUUUGCGGAAUAUGGCUGCAUCCUAGAGAUCAGAAAUGUUCAGUUCUUUGCUGAUGGCCGCUCAGUGGUCGACAGCAUAGGCAAGAGGCGCUUCAAGGUCCUCCAUCAGGGCCAGCGGGAUGGUUACAACACAGCUGACAUCGAAUACAUUGAAGACCAAAAGGUUCAAGGAGAGGAUUGUGCUGAGCUCAUGGGAUUACAUAACUGUGUCUAUGAGCAAGCGUCAUCAUGGUUUCAUUCACUCAAAUCAUCUCUGAAGAAUCGGAUACUCAAUCAUUUUGGUCCAAUGCCAGAGAAAGAUGCUGAUCCCCAGAUCAACCCCAAUGGCCCGGCCUGGUGCUGGUGGACAUUAGCGGUUCUUCCAUUGGAAAGCCGAGCUCAGCUCCCGUUCCUAGCAAUGAGGUCCCUAAAGGAUAGACUGAACGGUAUUCGGCGAGUCCUGGCCUUUAUAUCCCGAAACCAAAACUAGUGAGUGGAUUGCUGAAAAGGAGCUCCCAUGCUCCCCUCACCACCGUGGGGGAGUCGUCUUGUAAAUAUACCUAAUUGCAAUAACAUCUUAGAAGGAAGUAUCAAACAGAGGCAUUGUCCUGCUAUUGAUCAGAAAGAAAUUAAGUAGAAAGACCAAAAGAAUGUGAUCUGUUUGAAACUUUCUUUCUUAAGAUGCUUCU